CCUGCUUUUGCCCGCUCAGACAAAGACGCCGCCGAGCCCGAGGUGAGGAUGGUGAACGGCAAACCCAAGAAGGUUCGCAAGCCGCGGACCAUUUACUCCAGUUUCCAGCUGGCGGCCCUGCAGAGACGGUUUCAGAAGACCCAGUACCUCGCCCUGCCGGAACGCGCCGAGCUGGCCGCCUCGCUGGGCCUCACCCAGACACAGGUUAAAAUCUGGUUUCAGAACAAAAGAUCCAAGAUCAAGAAGAUCAUGAAGAACGGCGAGAUGCCCCCGGAGCACAGCCCCAGCUCCAGCGACCCCAUGGCGUGCAACUCCCCGCAGUCCCCGGCCGUGUGGGAGCCUCCCGGCGGCGGGGCAGCAGCCCGCUCCCUGGGCCACCACCCUCACGGCCACCCUCCGCCUUCCAAUCCGUCCCCCGCCUCGAGCUACCUGGAGAACUCGGCGUCCUGGUACCCCGGGGCCGGCUCCCUCGGCUCCCACCUGCAGCCGCACGGCUCCCUGCAGCACCCGCUGGCGCUCACCUCCGGGACGCUUUACUAG